CCCCCAUUAGAACGAGGAGCGCCUCGUUUUUAUUGCGGAUUUAAAUGAAGCAGGUCCACAGACGGACUGCGCUGCUUCUGUGCGCUCCGCUCCAAAUAAACAAUUCAUAGGUCUCCGCGCGGACACCCCAGCUGGUGGGAGGCUAAUCACAAUCUACAGCAGAGGAGGGUUGAAAAAAAAACCGAAUUUCUUUAUUUUAUUUGUUUGAAGCAACAUGGCUGGUGAGUGGGGCUGGGGACGCUGGCACAGGCUCUCCACGGCUCCUCAAUGCUAGCCGAGGCGGAUGGCACGGCUCCCCGUGGCAGCGACGGCUCUAUGAGGACAAGUGGAAUCAACAGCAACAUCAACCCGGACUCCUCGAUCCUAAUAUCCAAGAUGGAAGACCUCGUCAUCCCGUUCUCGUCCGAUGUGCCGUGCGAUGAUAACGGACAGCGCAUGUGGUGGGCUUUCCUCGCCUCCUCCAUGGUGACGUUCUUCGGGGGUCUCUUCAUCAUCCUCCUGUGGAGGACCCUCAAAUAUCUGUGGACUGUUUGCUGCCACUGCAACAUUAAAAACAAGGAGGCUCAGAAGGUGAAUAAUCCUGCCAACAAUCAGGCAGCAGACAAGACAACAAAAGGUCCUGAUGAGAAGGAGGAGGCAGCAGCCAGUGAGGUGGGAUGGAUGACUUCAGUCAAAGACUGGGCUGGGGUCAUGAUCUCCGCUCAGACGCUCACUGGCAGAGUUCUGGUGGUGUUAGUUUUUGCACUCAGCAUCGGAGCCCUUGGAAUAUACUUUAUAGACUCCUCAGACCCUAUAGAGUCCUGCCAGAACUUCUACAAAGAUUUUACACUACAGAUCGAUAUGGCCUUCAAUGUCUUUUUCCUCCUUUACUUCGGCUUGCGGUUUAUAGCAGCCAACGACAAGCUGUGGUUCUGGCUGGAGGUCAACUCUGUAGUUGACUUCUUCACCGUUCCUCCCGUGUUUGUCUCCGUCUACUUAAACAGAAGCUGGCUCGGUUUAAGAUUUCUGAGGGCACUGAGAUUGAUUCAGUUCUCGGAAAUUUUACAGUUCCUAAACAUUUUGAAAACAAGCAAUUCCAUCAAGCUGGUGAACUUGUGUUCCAUCUUCAUAAGCACAUGGCUUACAGCUGCUGGGUUCAUACAUUUGGUGGAAAACUCAGGGGAUCCUUGGGAAAACUUCCAAAAUUCCCAGUCAUUAUCUUAUUGGGAAUGUGUCUACUUGUUGAUGGUGACUAUGUCUACGGUGGGCUACGGGGAUGUCUAUGCAAAAACCACCUUGGGCCGCCUGUUUAUGGUCUUCUUCAUCCUCGGUGGUUUGGCCAUGUUUGCCAGCUACGUCCCUGAAAUCAUAGAGUUAAUAGGAAACCGCAAGAAAUAUGGUGGUUCCUAUAGUGCGGUUAAUGGGAGAAAGCACAUUGUGGUCUGUGGUCAUAUCACCCUCGAAAGUGUCUCCAACUUCCUCAAAGACUUCCUACACAAGGACAGGGAUGAUGUCAAUGUAGAAAUUGUUUUUCUCCAUAAUAUUUCCCCUAAUCUUGAGCUGGAAGCCUUGUUCAAACGUCAUUUUACCCAAGUGGAGUUCUACCAGGGAUCUGUUCUCAACCCUCAUGAUUUGGCUCGGGUGAAGAUUGAGUCUGCAGAUGCCUGCCUAAUUCUAGCCAACAAAUAUUGUGCAGACCCUGAUGCCGAAGACGCCUCCAACAUCAUGAGGGUCAUAUCCAUCAAGAACUACCACCCUAAGAUCAGGAUUAUCACACAGAUGCUACAGUACCACAAUAAGGCCCAUCUGUUGAACAUUCCAAGCUGGAACUGGAGGGAAGGUGACGAUGCUAUUUGCCUGGCGGAGCUGAAGGCAGGCUUCAUUGCCCAGAGUUGUCUGGCCCAGGGCCUGUCGACGAUGCUAGCCAAUCUCUUCUCCAUGAGGUCCUUUAUUGAGAUUGAGGAGGACACAUGGCAAAAGUAUUACCUUGAAGGAGUGGCUAAUGAGAUGUACACAGAGUAUUUGUCCAGUGCCUUUGUAGGCCUCUCCUUCCCCACUGUCUGCGAGCUGUGCUACGUGAAGCUGAAGUUGUUGCUUAUUGCCGUUGAAUUUAAGUCUGAGCAGAGAGAGAGCAGCAUCCUCAUCAACCCGGGCAACCAUGUCAAGUUGCAAGACGGAAUACUGGGAUUCUUUAUUGCUAGUGAUGCCAAAGAAGUAAAGAGAGCAUUUUUCUACUGCAAAGCUUGUCAUGAUGACAUCACAGACCCAAAAAGGAUAAAGAAGUGUGGCUGCAAACGACUGAUUUAUUCCAAGAUGUCCGUCUACAAACGAAUGAAACUGGCAUGUUGUUUUGAUUGCGGCCGUUCAGAACGAGACUGCUCUUGCAUGUCAGGCAGUGUACAUAGUAACAUGGACACCCUUCAGAGGGCCUACCCACUUUCCUCUGUCUCUGUUCAUGAUUGCGCAACCACUUUACGUGCCUCCAAAUAUAAGUAUAAUGGAUUUGUCAGAUCACCAGCAGAUGGCGGUACAACACCAGGGAACACUGGAAGCCAUAAAGAGACUGGCGUUCGAUUCAAAGCUGAUUGCAAUAUAGGUUUCACACCUCCCGGAAUGGACAGGACAUCUCCAGACAGCAGUCCAGUACAUGGCUUCGUUCGUCAGGCAUCAGUAACCACCGGAUCCAACAUCCCCAUCAUCACUGAACUCGCUAAACCUGGCAAACUACUGCCGUUGGUUUCACUCAGUCAGGAAACAAAAAGUGGAACCAACGUACAAAUGAUAACAGAGCUGGUGAAUGACUCAAACGUUCAGUUCCUGGACCAAGAUGAUGACGAUGAUCCAGACACAGAGCUGUACCUCACUCAACCCUUCGCCUGCGGCACUGCCUUUGCUGUCAGUGUACUGGACUCCCUGAUGAGUGCGACGUACUUCAACGACAACAUCCUCACACUAAUCCGGACACUCGUCACAGGGGGAGCCACGCCAGAGCUGGAGGCUCUGUUAGCUGAGGAGAACGCUCUCAGAGGAGGUUACAGCACGCCACAGACACUGGCUAACAGAGACAGGUGUCGCGUUGCCCAGCUAGCCCUCUACGAUGGCCCGUUUGCUGACUUGGGGGAUGGCGGCUGCUACGGGGAUUUAUUCUGUAAAGCAUUGAAGACGUACAACAUGCUGUGUUUUGGAAUCUACAGACUACGAGAUGCUCAUCUCAGCAUGCCAAGCCAAUGCACAAAACGAUAUGUGAUCACAAAUCCCCCGUAUGAGUUUGAGCUCGUGCCGACAGACUUGAUCUUCUGCCUCAUGCAGUUUGACCACAAUGCUGGCCAGUCAAGGACAAGCUUAUCCCACUCCUCCCACUCCUCCCAUUCCUCCAGCAAAAAGAGCUCCUCUGUGCACUCCGUACCCCCCUCCAACAGGCAGAACCGCAGCAGUAAGAGCAGGGAGGCCCGUGACAAACAGAAUGCAACAAGGAUGAAUAGAAUGAGCCAAGAAAAGAAAUGGUUUACAGAUGAACCUGAAAAUGCCUACCCAAGGAACAUUCAGAUCAAGCCCAUGAGCACUCACAUGGCCAACCAAGUCAACCAAUACAAAUCUACUAGUAGCCUGAUUCCACCGAUCAGAGAAGUUGAAGAUGAAUGCUGAACUCCUGCUUUUCUUGCUGACACCAGAAAUCUGUGAGAUCUCUGUCUAAGGACAUGGGCAGAGAUCACCAGUGGAGAAGUGAUGGUGAUAUCGAUAUAGACAUUGAAGACAACGUUUCUCUUCACUCAUUCUUCCAAUCAAGGAUUAAGUUGGAAACCUAGACUGGACGUGACCUCCUGUGUGCAUACCUUAAAUCUUACUUCCAAGCUUUGGACAUUCUUUAAUUUAUAAAUGUAUUCAUAGAGAUGUACAUAAUGACAAUCAAUUAAGAACUGUACAGCCCCUUCCCCUAGCAUUUUUUUUUUUUUUUUGGAAUUACUUUAAGAGUUGACAAAAUGUACUUCCUGUUAUUCUUUGCAAUAGUUCACCUCUUCAUGAGACCAGAUGCCAUGGAUUAAGUGGCUGUUGUUGGAGGGUAGGGUUACAGCUGUAAACUGAUCAUACCAUCUCCCCAAAAUCCUCUCGGAUGUGUCACAUAAAACCAGCUGGGUUCAUUGACAUAAGAUCUUCUGUCAGCUUCUGUUCUAUUUGCACUAAAACUGAAAAGUUUUUUUCUUUUUUUUGGGAUGGAACUAGAGACAUCAACCCCUGAUAAUGUGUUUUGGGGGAGAUCAGAAAGAGAUGGAAGGAAGACAGAAAGCAGGAAGAAAGGGAUGCUAUGUUGUGGAAGGAUUCUAAAAUUGUUUUUGAUUGCUGUCCAUUGUGUCACUGCUUAAGGUUUGCUCAUUUGCAUCCAGUGGUUUGAAUGAAAGAAUUACAGGCUUGCAAAACUAAAUGACCUUGCAAACAGUAAUAUAAUAACAAAGAAUAGUGCAAUGUAGGUUCAUGCUUCAACAAAGGCAAUACAGUACUCACGUCUUUUGUGGAUAGUGAGGCUUAGACUCAGUUUUAACCUUGCAUGAUAUGUGCUCGAACCCCAUUUACAACACAUCCAGUACAAUGUGAGCAAUUGGCCUGAAAACAUGAUCAAGACGAUAAACGAUGUGUCCAGUCCAUGCAUUCAGGAGUGUAUAUGUACAUGCCACGUGUGUAUGUAACUCAGUCACUUUUUCCUCUUGUGUUGCGCCUGUCACUGUAAAGUACCCACCUCGCCAGUUUGUAUGUGCUGGUGCAGCUUGAAGAGGGCAGCAUGUGGGAUCUCAGUGCUAAAAAUAUGAGUUGUGGUAGAAACAAACAACAAGAGUCUAAAAGAUUUGGAUCUUCAAAACAAUUAAGUUGCAUUUUAAGAGAAACCUAAAUCCCCCAACUAUGACUGAGCUGAUCUGACAUGAACACCAGCUGCAUGCUCAUCCUGAACUCAUUGCCGUCAUAUCUGCGGCAGGAUCGGGAUCAAAAGGAAGAGUCCUGCAUCUUCUGAAUGUUUCGUGUUUUACCUCAACUUCCUGUCUGAGGAAGGGAAUGCCACAUAUUGCUUAUAGUGGGCAUACAUGGGUCCUCCUUUGAAUGGAGCAACUGCCUGGCACAGGGUUGGCACAGAGGCAGUUAAGAGCUUGGAUGUUCUCUGUUGCCAAUCCAGAUGUCAUACGCCUCAAAACUCUCAGGAGUUAAGCAGCUGUGUUCAGUCCACUAACAUGGGGACAUGCUCAAGCAUAGUUGGUGGUAAUGCAACAAUGCCACAGAACACAAUUAAGAACACUGAAAAUGCACGCGUGUUCUUCAUGCCUGCCUAUGUGCAGUAAAAGUAUAUUUUGCACCAGUUGUGGCUCCAAUAGAUCCAAAUCUAGUUAAUAUAAAAUGAACUUAAAAAUAUGUAGUUAAAUUGAUAUAUUUAAACAUUAUUUUAUAUUCAUAAACAUAUUCAUUUUGUACUUAUUUUUAUAAUAAAGAAAGUACUUUAGAAGAUAAAGACUGAAUAUCUUUAAUUAAAGUAACAUAUCAAAUCAUUCAUGUUCUUGUUUCAAAAUAUCACUAUUUAUUUUGCAAUGUAAUAAAGCAAAUUGUUUUUUCUUUUUGAAACCCCACCCCCAGGCCCUUUAUUAACAAUCAGCGUCACUCUGGAGCUAUUAAAGCUCCGACUAGCUUGCAUUGUGAAACUACCAUCCUCAGCGUGGCAGCUCGGCUUUAAGUGCUUGCAGAAAUAAACUUGGGGUCGCCUGAAACCUUGAGAAGUUGCACAGAUGCAGUGUCUACUAAACAGCGUACUAACUAUUAAGGGUUCCUAGCUGUGAGCACUUCUAUGGAAUUGUGGAGAAAUGGGUUUUUAUGGGGGUAAAACCUGUAUCCAAUUGAAGAGUAGAUCAGAACGGUAAGGAUGACUCAAAUCAUAUGAAGUUUAUCCCACUGUGUGCAGGCCAGAACCGACUUGGCCUUCUUUAGAUGUGUUUGACCUAAAUUAGGUCAUUAGUAUGGAACAAGUGUGUGUACACCACAGCACAGUGUGCUUGUGUUUUUCACAGAAAAUAAUAUGAAAAAGAUUUCAUUUUAGUACGGAGACACUGUUUGUCGAUCACAGUGAUACUCCUUCGUAGACUGUAAAGGAAAAGUAACUGAAAAUAGAAAACCAUUUUGGAAUAUGGAAAGAAUUAUAUUGUGCUAAAUAUGUUUGUGUAUCUCAGUCCAUUAUAUAGACCACAUUUCUUUCUCAAACAAAA